GGGAGCCUUUAAGCCUGGACACCCGGGGCUGUAAGUUGCCUUUGCUGCUGGGAGCACGGGAGCCGACGUUCGUCCUUGUCUUUCCCCUUCCCCGCCCCGCGAUCUCCUGCUCGCCCCGCAGCGCCCCUCCGGCGUCCCGCCGCCCUCCCACGGUCCCGACAGCGGAGCUUUGGGAUGCCUCGAUACGAGCUGGCUUUGAUCCUGAAAGCCAUGCAGCGGGGUUGGUACAGUAGGCCUCACUAGACUUAGCUGCAACUCAGAAUUUCUCCUCCAACAACUGAGUAAAUGCUGAUGGUCUUAUGGAAUGUGGAUUAAAAGUUCGGGCUAAGUUCUCAAAAUUCCAAUUAAGAAGCGGAGAAAAAUUUUAAAAACUGUCUCCUUCAAAGUUUGUCACAACCAACACCAUCAAGACAGCAAAUCAAAGGACAAAGACAUUGACCUGCUAUAUUACUAUAUUUAGUCCAGUCCACGUAUGGCAUAAAGACUUGGCUGGGGGGACCAAAAAAUAAAGUUGAACACAUCUAUCAUUGGAAGCUGUUGACUUAACAAAGUUACCAAAAUGAGGGCCUUGCUGGAGACAGCAGACAUUGCCAUUGUGGCCCUGUACUUUGUGCUGGUCAUGUGCAUUGGUUUUUUUGCCAUGUGGAAAUCCAAUAGAAGCACCGUGAGCGGAUACUUCCUGGCAGGGCGCUCUAUGACCUGGGUAGCUAUUGGUGCCUCUUUGUUUGUGAGCAAUAUUGGGAGUGAACACUUCAUUGGGCUGGCAGGAUCCGGAGCCGCAAGUGGAUUUGCUGUAGGUGCGUGGGAGUUCAACGCCUUAAUGCUUUUGCAGCUUCUGGGAUGGGUUUUCAUACCAGUCUACAUCCGGUCAGGGGUGUACACCAUGCCUGAAUAUUUAUCCAAGCGUUUUGGUGGCCAUAGGAUUCAGGUCUAUUUUGCAGCCUUGUCUUUACUUCUCUAUAUUUUCACCAAGCUUUCAGUUGAUCUGUAUUCAGGUGCCCUCUUUAUCCAGGAGUCUUUGGGUUGGAACCUUUACUUAUCUGUGAUCCUGCUGAUUGGAAUGACUGCUUUGCUGACUGUAACUGGAGGCCUUGUUGCAGUCAUCUAUACAGAUACACUUCAAGCUUUGCUCAUGAUCAUUGGGGCCCUUACACUUAUGGUUAUCAGCAUGAUGGAGGUUGGUGGGUUUGAGGAAGUUAAGAAAAGGUACAUGUUGGCAACACCUAACGUGACCUCGAUCUUGUUGACUUACAACCUUUCGAACACGAAUUCUUGUAACGUUCACCCAAAACCAGAUUCCCUGAAAAUGUUGCGUGAGCCAACGGAUGAAGAUGUUCCUUGGCCUGGAUUCAUUCUUGGGCAGACCCCGGCAUCAGUGUGGUACUGGUGUGCUGACCAGGUUAUUGUGCAGAGGGUUUUAGCUGCCAAAAAUAUCGCGCAUGCCAAAGGCUCUACUCUGAUGGCUGGCUUCUUAAAGCUUCUGCCUAUGUUUAUUAUAGUGGUCCCAGGGAUGAUUUCAAGAAUACUAUUUGCAGAUGAUAUUGCUUGUAUCAACCCAGAGCAUUGUAUGCAAGUCUGUGGCAGCCGAGCUGGAUGUUCCAAUAUUGCUUAUCCACGCCUAGUGAUGAAACUGGUACCUGUGGGCCUGCGGGGGCUGAUGAUGGCUGUAAUGAUCGCAGCACUGAUGAGUGAUCUCGACUCAAUAUUUAACAGUGCCAGUACCAUAUUCACCCUUGAUGUGUACAAGCUCAUUCGCAAAACAGCAAGCUCCAGAGAGCUAAUGAUUGUGGGAAGAGUUUUUGUGGCCUUCAUGGUAGUGAUCAGCAUCGCUUGGGUGCCAAUCAUCGUGGAAAUGCAAGGGGGCCAGAUGUACCUUUAUAUUCAGGAAGUGGCUGAUUAUCUGACACCCCCAGUGGCAGCUCUUUUCCUUUUGGCCAUUUUCUGGAAGCGUUGCAAUGAACAAGGGGCGUUUUAUGGUGGAAUGGCUGGCUUUGUUCUAGGAGCUCUUCGCUUGAUCCUGGCAUUUACCUACCGUGCCCCAGAAUGUGACCAACCUGAUGAGAGGCCAGCCUUCAUAAAAAAUAUCCAUUACAUGUAUGUGGCUACAGCUUUGUUUUGGGUCACAGGACUCAUUACUGUGGUAGUCAGCCUUCUCACACCACCUCCUACCAAGGAACAGAUCCAUACUACCACUUUCUGGUCUGUAAAAGUCCCAGACAGGAAAGAGAACAUCCCACGAGAGGACCCAUACAAGAUGCAGGAGAAGAGCAUCCUGAAAUGCAGUGAGAACCUUGAGGGUACCAAUCACAUUGUCCCUAAUGGAAAGUCUGAAGAGAACCUUAAGACCAUGCAGCCAGAGGAUAUCAACCUCUUGAUGCCAUGCAGAGAAGAAAGCAACCCAGUGUCUUCUCUGAGUCAUUCCGAGGCCGAGACCCCGGUAGACUGUUACUCCAAUGGGCAGGCGGCUCUCAUGGGUGAGAGAGAGCAAGAGAAGGAGACUGAGGGUAGACACCAGUACUGGAAAUUCAUAGACUGGUUCUGUGGUUUUAAAAGUAAGAGCCUGAACAAAAGAAGCCUCAGAGAUGUGAUGGAGGAGGAGGCUCUUUGUUUACAAAUGUUGGAAGAGACUCCCAAAGUUAAGUUAACACUAAACGUUGGGCUCUUUGCUGUCUGUUCGCUUGGAAUCUUCAUGUUUGUUUAUUUCUCUCUGUGAACUUUUAAGGGGAUGGUGAGACACUAGCUUGUGAGGAUACUUUCUUUGGAAAAAAAAAAUGUAUCUGUAACUGUUGCAUCUCUCAGGCAUUGUUUGUUCUGAGGUUUUAGCCAAAUUUUACUUAGCAAAAAAAUCAUCUAUUUGCAAGACUUUUUAAUCUACCCAGAGUUGAACAAAAAACAAUACUCUUCAGUUUAAAUGAAGCAAAACUUUUUUUUAGCCUCCUCAGUUGUACAAAUGAAAUUAAAUUUUUCCUUCAAUACCAAAGUAAAGAAAAUGGUUUUAUCUUAAUGUUAUACUAUGAGAGAAUCUAGACCAGCUACCAAUGGGACCUUUAAAGCAGAAUAUAUUUAUUUUACAAUACUUUGAACAGAUGUAUAAUAUACACUGCCAAGUCUGGGUAGGAUUUUUCACACCUCAGAGUACAAGAUGCAUUCAAAUGUAAUUCUGCAUCUUCUUA